CCAUAUCUCCCGCAUGGUGCUGGUUUCCUUCACGGUUGGCACAUACCACAUAUGCCUCCAACUCUAUCAUAGUCUUCGUCCUCUUCCAACGACUGCCAGCAAAAUAUACUUCGCUUUGUCCUUCGGGUUCCUGAUAAUGAGGACUGCCGGCGUGUGCAUCUCCGCCGCUAAUAUCCACGAUGAGGCUGCAGCCUGCAAGUAUGCCCUGUUCGCAGUACCUCCCCAGGAAUACUGUGAUGACGUAGAGCGAUUCAUAUUCCAAGUAUGUAAUGACCAUGUCGCCAUAAGUGGAUUCAAUUUCUUUAUUAUAACGCGACGAACACUACUUACAAUCAUUGGACUGGCGAUAACGUACGAGGUGGUAAUGUUCCAAGUAAACACGAUGGCUGAAGACGAGGACGAAGGGAAACACAUCAAAAACACAACUUUAAACUUACCUACUUAAACAAACACUGGCGUUUGUUUACAUUUCAGUUUUAGCUAUUGAUGCACCUCUUAUCAACACAAUAUAUUUUUUAUUCUCAUCAAAAUGUAAGUUACUUUCCAAUUUGAGUACAUGUUUAUAGGUAACACUGAAAAAUGAGUCCGAGUUGUUAUCGACAUCUUUUAUUGUACUGGACAAAUUUGAUGUCUGUCAAUCAGCGCAUUUUUACAUGUGCAAUAUCUUUAUAUACCAUUUCUCAACAUUCACAGCCUCGAUUCGCAAGAAUAAAUCAGUACAAUAAUUUACUAGAACAAUCAGUUUCAACUGAAUAUCAAAAUACAAAAA